UUAGACGCUGCAUCGUCUGUGUCCCGCUGUGCCCCGUUCACUACCGUUAUAUGGAGAAGCGGCUCGCAAAAAAACCCCUAAUAUCUUCCGAAGGACUCCAAAUUACACCAAACUUGCCUGGGUUCAGAGAUGGCUUAAUGUCACUAGGUUUCCUGGACGCUCUACAGAGAUACCCUCUGCAGAUGAAGUGCCUUUUUGUGAAGGCUGAAAAGAGUUUAACAGCAGCUGAUGUAGAGAAUCUCUUCAGGAUUAUUCACUCUGAAAGAGGGAGUAAUGCAUUCCAAGAAGAGUGCUGUACCCUGGCUUUCUGGCAAGAUUACCUUCAGGAUGCUGAAUGUGAAAACAAUGUCUCUCUGGCGGAUAUUCUCAUUUUCCUUACUGGAUGUGACAGUGUUCCAGCACUGGGCUUCUCUCCAAAGCCAAGCCUUCCCGAUUUUCCACAGGCGAAUACUUGUGAAAAUAUUCUUCGCAUUCCAGUUCAUGCAGUAUACACUGCUUUCAAAUCUGAUAUGGAUUUUGCCAUACGCAAUUCACCAGGGUUUGGAAGAGCCUGA